UCACUUCACUCCUGCUUGCUUCACUACUCUUUCCUUCGGUGUUUUCUUCUACUAAUUAACUCAUAACUUGAAAGAAUUAUCUUUUUUGGGGAAUUAAUUCUCUUUUUUGACUAUAGCUACAUGGAGCACUUAGAGCUUGAUUCUUCUUCACCUUCUUCUUCAUCUUCAUCUUGCAAGUCAUGCAGCCCUGAUUCAGAAUCCUCAUCGGCUGAGGCAUUGCCUGUUUCGCAUAAGCGAAAAGCUGGUAGGAAGAAGUUUAAGGAGACGCGUCACCCGGUGUUUAGAGGUGUCAGGCAGAGAAAAGGGAAUAAAUGGGUGUGUGAAGUGCGUGAGCCUUACAAGAAAUCAAGGAUUUGGUUGGGGACUUUCCCAAGUCCUGAAAUGGCAGCUAGGGCUUAUGAUGUUGCUGCCCUAGCGCUUAGGGGCAAGUCUGCUGCUCUCAAUUUUCCUGACUCAGCUUCGGUUCUACCUCGAGCCAAGUCUUCUUCAGCUAAGGAUAUACAGAGGGCUGCUCUUACAGCAGCUGAGGCUUUUAGACCAGCAGCCCAUUGUCCUUCUUCAGCAUCUUCUCUUUCUUUGUCACUUCACCUCUCUUCACGUGCAACAAGUUCAAGAAAAAUUGAACCAGAAUGCUCGUCAAGCCUAAUUUCCAAUGCGACGAACCAAGACAAGGUUUUGGAACCUCGUUUAGUAGAAAUAAAACCUAUUGAUCAGAAUGAAGAAAAGAAAGUUUUAGAUCAUUCUUUAAUGGAUCAUAUGCCAUCAAGUGAGACAUUGGAGACCAAGCCUAAUCAGUCUAAUCCAUUGUUCAUCGAUGAGGAGGCACUGUUCAACUUGCCAGGGUUACUGGAUAGUAUGGCAGAGGGUAUGCUUCUCACUCCACCAGCAAUGCAAAGACAAGUUGACUGGGAUGACGAUACAGCUUUUACCAUGAACAUUGAUUUAUGGGAUUGACAGGAAUCAUAUAGUUAUCAGUUUUAGGUUGCAUUAGUCUGCUAUUUCUCAUUUUUCUUUUUCAUUAAGUUAUUGGCCAGAUUAACAAGAGGGUCUAUUAGUGUACAUUCUAACACCGGCUAGUAACUGCACCAAUUGCAUCUCUAAGCCAAUGACAAUUGUAAAUUUCUUUCAGCUCAUCCUGCUUCAUUUCCAAUCCAAUAGUUGUAGGUGAAUUCAUAUGAUCUAGAGAUUCCUAGAGGUAUGAUGUUUGCAGUACAUACAGCUGUACACUCCAAACCAGACUUGAAUAAGGUUAUU